AUGGCCAAUUACAAGGCUGGAAGGAUAAUACCAAAGGAAUUCAUCAAGCAACAAAUUAAAAAGCUGCAUCAUGAUGCAUGGUAUUUUCUUUGGGACAAUCCUUACCUAUUCAAGCGGUGUUCGGAUGGUAUAAUCCGAAGUGAAGAAAGGACAUCAACCAAAGUUCUUCAAUGUGGAUUUUACUGGCCUAUAUUCUUCAAGGAUGCAAGGAAGUUUGUGAAGAAUUGUGAUCCCUGUCAAAGAGUAGAAAACCUUUCCAAAAAGAAUGAAUUACCUCUGAACCCAAUUUUGGAGGUGGAAUUGUUUGAUGUUUCGGGCAUAGACGUCAUGGGACCAUUCCCUUCCUCAUACUCAAAUAAUUACAUCUUGGUGGCUGUCGAUUAUGUAUCGAAAUGGGUUGAAGCUGCACCUCUCGCCACCAAUAAUACUAAGACAGUGAUGCGUUUUCUCAAGAAGUACAUCUUCAGCCGGUUUGGUGUUUCCCGAACCUUAAUCAAUAAUGGCGGUAGUCACUUUUGUAACAAACAGCUCGAUGCACACUUCUUUUGA